AGUGCUUGGACUUCCGCGAGAGGUGAUUUGCCUAAGGCCUGGACAAGACACCCCAACUUCCCGACUGCUGAUGUUAGAAUGUUAGAAGAGCUGGAGCGUGCGCGUCGUUUCGCGAAGUCUGACAGCUGCAGGAACUCGCGGAAUGGAAAGCGUGCUGCAAAUGCGCUUUUUGGAAGCGUGCGCAGGUGCGGUAUCUGACGUCCUGGACUGCCCUAGCGAUGACGAAAGGACGGCGCUCCGAUUCGGCUCCUCCCCGAGUCUUUUCCACCGCCCGGGCGCGUCCCGAGAUCACGUCCCCUUCUCAAAACAUCCAACCACUAGCCGUUCGUCCGUUUGUUUGAUCCCACCGUAUAAACAGCCGCACGUUUCUGUCUUGGUAAUCCUCGCCACCUGCGCUUUCAUCUUUAAGACACUCGUGCGUGCUGCUGAGUAAAUGCGUUAACCACUCGCUAUCGGUAACCGAGUCGUAUCACAGCAGCUGAGACCGCCUCACCUUCGCUGAGGUGGCUGACGG